GUCUGGUCGUCGCUGUCGUUGCUCUCGCGCGGACGUCGUCGCUGCUCUGCCGACUUAUUGUUAUUGUUUUUACUUUAAAGUGCUAGUGUUUUUUUUUAUUUGGCAGCUGAAGACACGCAUUUGCUCCAACUGCGCAGGGACACCGCCUACAAUUGAAGCAGCAACACGAAGUGCAACAACGACUCAAUGUGCUAAAGUGCCUUGGGUGAAAUAUGCAACGAUGUGACCCAAACCGGAAGAAGCCGACAGCAGCAGCAGCAGUAGUAGUAGCGGACAGCAGUAGCAGUAUCAGUAGCAGAAGCAGAAAGCAGCGAGAGCUCAACGUGAAGGCAACAUACGCAUUAGCGGAGACAACAACCAACUGUACAACCAAUUGCUGAACCAAACAAACAAUACAAAACGCCGAGAGCGAGUAGACUGAGCAACGAGUGGGCAAAGAGAAGAACGAGUACGAAUACGAGUACAACAACGAGAACGAGUUCAAGAGCGAGAACGAUAACGAGAACAAAAGCGAAAGCGAAAGCGAGAGCGAGAGAACAAAGAUCAACGGCAUGCCCAGCACGGGAGGCAGUGCGGCCGGCGUCGGAGUUGGCGCACUGAUCAACAGUGCCGGGAGCAGCGCCAGCAUGGGCAUUGGUGUGGGCGGCGGUGGUGGCGGCGGCAGCGGCGCAGCGAGUGCUGGCAGCAGCGCUGUGGCUGCAGCCUCCGCUGGCACAUUGAUAGCCCAGAGUACGGCGGGCACCAGUGCCGCCAGUGGCACCAUCACCUGGGAUAACAAUGGCACCCUGCGCUCGAUUAAUCCCGGAGACUGGUCGAUCGAACAGUGCCUCAUUUGGCAGCAGCCGCAUCAUCUAUACUUUCAGCUGGGCUGGGCCUUUCUCUUUCUGGCCUUUUUGGCGCCGCACGGUCCGUUUGGUUCGCUUUGGAUGCGCGCCACCCUGCUCAUUGGGUGCAUCAUGAUGGGCAUGUACGGCUACCUGAUUGAGUGCACUCCGGAUGUGGUGCUCUGGUCCGGGCUUGGCAUUGGCAUCAACUUUAUCUAUCUCAUUGUGGUGCUCUGCCGGCUGCGUCCAGUGCGUUUCGAUCAGGAAAUUGAAGCGGUGUACGUAGCGCUAUUUCAGCCGCUGUGCGUGACACGGCAUCAGUUCAGAAAGGUGCUCAAUUGCAUGAAGGUCAUCAGGGCGCUGAAAUACCAGGAGGUCUAUGCACAGGAGAAGGUCACCAAGGUAGACAGCCUGUCGCUGGUGCUAAGCGGCAAAUUGGUCGUCUCGCAGCAUCAGCGGGCGCUGCACAUUGUGUUUCCCCAUCAGUUCCUAGACUCGCCAGAGUGGUUUGGCGUCUCGACCGAUGACUAUUUUCAGGUGUCCAUUAUGGCCAUGGAGGAGUCGCGUGUGCUCAUCUGGCAUCGGGACAAGCUCAAGCUAUCGAUAAUGGCCGAGCCAUUCCUGCAAACUGUAUUCGAUCACAUACUGGGCCGCGAUGUGGUUAAAAAGCUGAUGCAGGUGACACAGGUGAGCGAAUCGAUAGCCAGCAACGGUUUCCUGCCCUCGGGCGGCUAUGCGGAGGAUGCUGAGGACAAGCCCAUGCUCAUACUGAAGAAGAGCGUCGAUGUGGGCCAUGGACUGACGGCGCUCAUCAAUCGCCAGCUGCAGGCUCUGCCCAGGAUAUCGAAGUAUUAUGAUUGUGCCGGCGAUCCCAAUUCCUGGCGUCUGGGGCGGAUCGACGAGACUGAUCAUGAGACGGCCGUGUGAAAGCGCAUCAGCAUAUAGAUAUUAACAUAUAUAUACAUAGAGAUAUUCAUUGUACGUAUACCUAAUGUGUGUAUAUAUCGGAAGCGAAAACAGUUCGCAUCAAUGUGGGACAUUACAAUGUUUAGACUUGCGUUUUUGAGUAUUAUUAGAGGUAUAUCAUAGGCAACAUAUGGAACACGCAUUCGAAUACCGCAGACAGAGAGCGCAGCAUACUGUAGUAUAAUAUAUAUACAUACAUAUACAUAUAUAUGUAUAUAUAUAUACAUGUAUAGAAGGUAUUCAUGCUAUAUUCGCAUUGACAGCUAUUUCACAGAUGCGCUUAGAACAGGUUAUGAAGUGCAUGAUGAUUGAGGAAAUGUAUUUUUUUAAAAUAGACACCUAAGAGUACACUACACACAAUUAAAUAUAGUAUUAGUUUGUAUGUGUAUGGUAUAGAUAAGUGUGUAACUUUGUAUACAUAUGUAUGUAUGAGUGGCCAUUGGAUGCCUAAACUAUUCAGAACUUGAAUUCACCAAUCGUUAAUAUGUUUGGCAGCCCUAUUUAGUGACUUAUUCGAUACGAUUUCCCACAUUCGCAAUUGAGUUACAAAUAUAUAUAUAUAUCUAUUUUUUUUUAUUUAUAUAGGAUAAAUCGCAUUAAGUUAACGUUCUUUAGAAUUGUAAUUUGAUCAGAGGUGGACAAAAAGGAUUUCAUUGUACUUUCUAGCGAUCGUGUUUAUAGAUUUUCGAACAUAAUAAUACUUUAAAUCCCUUAAUAAUUUGUUUUCCUUUAAGGUCAGCUGGUUUUCUAUAAAAAUCUAAGAUCAGCCAAGUGCCGAAUCCGGAAUUAGUUUUGAUAGCACAAGGUUAUUCAUAUUCAUACUAAUAGGUUUGACGAUUAACAUUAUCACAUACAUUUCGAAGGCAGAAAGGUGCUUAAUUUUUUAAUUUCGAUAACAUUAAAAAAAAAAAAGAGUUAUUCUGAUAAAUUUCUUAAAUUUGAAGGCAAUCUGAAUGCGAGUUUUAGGGUAUUAUUCCAUGUCAUUAUUAUUCAAAAUUAUUUUAAGCUUUAAACGCAUUGCCAAUUAUUGAGUUUACACGGAAACAAGUUUGCUUAUUUUAAUAUUUAACCUUAAAGUAUGCUACAAAUAUUGUUGAUACAAAUUUAGAUGAAUAACGAUAUAAUCAAGCCUCAAUAUGCUAGGCCACAAACAAUAAGAUAUAUACAAAAACAGUUGAGGCGGUCAUAACUUUUCGGACGCCACUGUAACAAAAACGCCAUAAUAAGAGUCCAUUGCAUACUUCUUGGUGCUGCAUGUAAAUGCUCAGAGUAGUAGAGAGGAUGUUGAAGAAUAUGAUGCAUGAUGACAAUGUGUUUUUGAUCAACACGCCCCCAACUUUCGCCCAAAACCAAACAAAAAGCCAUCCCCAGCCCACCCAAACGAGUAAAACGCACCCCAUACAAAGAUUGUCUGAAAUUUAAGUAUUAUAUAUUGUUAUAAUUGAUUUAAAGUAUUAUAAUAAAUAUUUAACUAUAUUUAUUGUUGUUGGCGUGAAUGAAUUUUUGUCAAUCAAAAUUUAACUUUAGACGUGUAAGCCUAGCAAAUUCUAAAAAAAAAAAACAAA